AUGACUUCCAUGUUACAGAGGGAGAGAUCGCUCCCUGUUUCUCACAAUCCCUCUUCAAACGAUCCAUCUUCGGUGGUUGCCGGCAUGCGCCGGAGACUCUCCUCCAUGUCCUUACGGAUCCAGCCCUCUUCCAUUUCCGACACCACCUCCGCCGCAACCGCAUGGGCGAUGCGCCGCUCCAAAUCCGUUUCCUCAAUGGGGGAAUCCGCGUCUACCUCAGUCAGGAACUGGUGGGAUUGGGGAUGGGGAUGGAUCCUGUCGAGGAAACCCGUAUUCGCACAGGAUCUGGAGUUUAAUCAAGAGGAAACCUCCGUUCUCAGAUCCCAUGAUAAAGGAAGCUGGAGACACGUCUUCUUCAAGGUUAGAUCCGAGAUCCGGAGAAUUGUCAGAUCUGAUAAUGUCGGCCUCCCUCAGACAGUUCGUUACAACUCCUACAGCUACGCUCGCAAUUUCGACGAUGGCAGCAAUAAAUUCCGAGGCUGA